CACAUGACCCGGGCAGGCAGCACAGGCAGCCCAGCUCAUCAGGAGUCCGGCAGAAAGGGACAGCCACAGCAAAAUGAAGCUUUCCAUCGGCAUCAUUUUUUGCUCCCUGGUCCUGGGCGUCAGCAGCCGGGAAUGGUUCACAUUCCUCAAGGAAGCUGGUCAAGGGGCUAAGGACAUGUGGAGAGCCUACUCUGACAUGAGAGAAGCCAAUUACAUAGGCGCAGACAAAUACUUCCACGCCCGCGGGAACUAUGACGCUGCACAGAGGGGCCCUGGGGGCGCCUGGGCUGCUAAAGUCAUCAGCGAUGCCAGAGAGAAUGCUCAGAGAUUCACAGACCGUUUCAAGUUUGGAGACAGCGGCCAGGGAGCAGCAGACUCGAGGGCCGACCAGGCUGCCAAUGAAUGGGGCCGGAGCGGCAAAGACCCCAAUCACUUCAGACCUCGUGGCCUGCCUGACAAGUACUGAGCUUCCUCUUCACUCUGCUCUCAGGAGACGGGCUGUGAGCCCGCUGAGGGCAGGGACACCCAGUUAUUGAGGUCUAUGGCCACAGAAGCCAGUGGGGGUCACAGAAUUAGUGUCUAAUAAAUGCUUAAGAGAUUGAAUUUGUUGAAA